GCCAUGCGUCCUGAACCCGCCCCUUUACAACAACCGCCAUCCUGCGGAGUGACCGCAGCCUCCAGCGCUCAGCGACUCAACGAAGCUCCGUGAAGAAACACACGGUAAAGCUCGGUGUGUCGACGGUAAAGGCUUUCUUUUCUCCGCCGCCGGGUCCGGGUUCCGGGUCGCUCUCUCUUGUUCAGGUGCUUCGAGGAGACGGAGACCGUAGACUGACAUUUACGUUAAUUCAUUCAUCCACAACAAUGGCAGCACAGGAUUUUAAUUUCCUGCUUGCGACGGAUUCUUACAAGAUCACACACUACAAACAGUAUCCUCCAAAUGUCAGCAAGAUCUACUCUUACUUUGAAUGCCGACACAAGAAAGGCUCCCAGUUAAAUGAAGUGGUGUUCUUUGGUCUUCAGUAUCUGCUAAAGAAGUACCUGGCAGGCCCAGUGAUCACAGAGGAGAAGAUUCAGGAAGCCAAGCUCUUUUACCAGAUGCACUUCAAACAGGCUGUGUUCGAUGAAGAAGGCUGGAGGAAAGUCCUUGAGAAACAUGAUGGCCGUCUUCCAAUCCGGAUCAAAGCUGUCCCAGAGGGAAGGAUCAUACCGAGAGGCAACGUGCUCUUCACUGUGGAAAACACAGAUCCCAACUUUUACUGGCUCACCAACUACAUUGAGACCAUGUUGGUUCAGAUGUGGUAUCCCAUCACAGUAGCCACCAUAUCCAGGGAGUUUAAGAAGAUCCUGGCCAAGCACAUGAAGGCCACUUCAGGGAGUCUGGAAGGCCUGGACCUAAAACUGCAUGACUUUGGCUACAGAGGAGUCUCCUCGCAGGAGUCUGCAGCAUUAGGGGGAGCAGCUCACAUGGUUAAUUUCUGCAGUACAGACACAGUAGCUGGGUUGCUGAUGGCUCAGCGAUAUUACAGCUGCCCGAUGGCUGGCUUCUCCAUUCCAGCAGCAGAGCACAGUACCAUCAUCUCCUGGGGAAGGAGCAGGGAGAAGGAGGCGUUUGAGCGAGUCUUGGACCAGUUCUCCUCAGGGCCAGUGUCAGUGGUCAGUGACAGCUACGACAUCUUUAACGCCUGUAAACACAUCUGGGGUGACAAGCUGAAAGAGCGAGUCAUGGAGCGCAGCCAAGACUCGUGUCUGGUCAUCCGGCCAGACUCUGGAGAUCCUGCAGAGACUCUCAUUGAGGUCCUCAAGAUUCUGGAGGAGUGUUUUGGCUGUUCUCUGAACUCUGUGGGAUACAAAGUGCUGCCGUCUUACCUGCGAAUCAUUCAAGGAGAUGGCAUUGACCUCAACUCAGUGGAAGAGAUUCUUGAGAAGCUGAGUGAUGAAGGCUGGAGUGCUGAGAACAUCUUCUUCGGCUGUGGCAGCGCUUUGCUUCAGAAACUUAACAGAGAUACGCUCAGCUGUGCCUUCAAGUGCAGCUAUGUGGAGACUAACGGCAAGGGGAUGGACGUGUACAAGCAGCCGGUGACCGACCUAUCCAAGAUGUCAAAGAGGGGUCGAUUAUCACUGAGGAGAAACUCUGAUGGCUUCUUAGAGACGAUAGAGAGAGGAGCAGGCAAGCCUGAGGAGGACCUGCUGGUGACUGUUUUUGAGAAUGGCACCCUGGUGAAGGACUACUCCCUGGAGGAGAUCAGGAAGAAUGCUCGGCUGAGGGACGAGGAGGUGAACCCCACCCUGCACAACCACGAUCAGGAGCUGCUGCACAAUCACAUCAAUGGGAUUCAUUAGAUCAACCACGAACACUCUCUCAUUGCAUACAGUACUUCAGUGUGCACUGGAAUGAAGAGUGCAGUGUAAAGGGACCCGUCAUCAGUGUAAACUCAACAUGUUGAAUGGGAGUGAAAGGCUGUUUCUAAUGACAGUCCACAGUACUCAGUACGCACACAUCACACCGUCCUGCCAUAUCCACAAACUCAGGCUCAGGGUUAAAUAUGAUAAGAUGAAUAAAUCCAGACAUAAAAGGAGAAAACAUUUAAAGAUAGACUUUCUGAGUUUGGGGUUGUUACUGAACACUUGAACAAAAUGAGGGUGUGUAUCUUUAAACAUAUUUUCCACAGUUGAUAUGCAGUGGUAACAUUUUCAGGCCAAAAAUAAUCUAAACCUCCAAAUAUUCUGAGCUUCCACUAGAUGACUCUUUCUGUUUGUAUUAGAGGAGAAAAGCCUUUGAAACACUAACAUGAACUGUAAUAAAAUGUGAAUGGUAACAGUAUUAUUGAUUCUAGUAAUAGUGCUACAUCAUUAGGUAUGGGUCACACUGAGCGCUUGAUGUACAAUAUUUAAUUUAACGUCAGUGUCAGCCUCAUGUCAACACAAUAUAUUGCUCCAGCUACUUUCUGCCCUUUAGUCUGAAGGCCUCAGUGAAGAAGAGUGCUGCACUGUCACAGUCUGGACAAAGGAACAACGUCCAUGAAGCCAUAACCGCCCGUCUGUUUCAUGUUUCUACAAAGCACACGUUCACUAUUAAAAGAAAACAUCAUUGAGGUUUAUUGGAUAUUAUUUCAAUUUUAUGAUAGACUUUUUUAUUUCCAUGACAGUGGUGUUGUCAGUCACUGCCCAUAACUCUUCAGCCACUCAUGUACUUCUGCCUUCAUAAGCCAGCAAGCUCAACAACUGCUAACAAAAGUAGCCGGUUAGCUUCUGUUAGCCGGAGCAACAACAAUGCUGCAUUGUUCUGAAUAAACAAACGCCGUGCAGUAACUAAGCCUCAGCUUAACAAGGCUCCCAGCCGGCUAACCUGCUGAGCCUUCUAUCUAUUAUUACUCUGCAUCCAAGUCAGGAGCCAGUGUUAGCAGUGCUAGUUCACCUGUUGACAUGUUUUCUACAUGUGUGCACUGUGUUUAUUUCCAGCAGCAGCUGACAGUCAGUCCACCAUGACAAGUGUUGUUUAUGCUCCAGCUUAUAGGCGCUAACUGGCUAAGUCUGCUAGAAGUUGUUUGUCUUUUAUAUUUAUCUAUCUCUUAUACCAUGUCUACAUGUGUCCCUGUACGUCUGUGAGCUGUGAGCAUGUCAUCCAAACAAUCUCAGUGUGAAUUUUCUGAACAUUUUCUGAGGCCUAAAAGCAUUUUCAGCAAAGGACAUAUAACAGAUAAUUGUGAAGACAUAUUUUCAUUUUCUGUUUCCAUUUUUAAACUGUCAGAGGUCUUCAUGUCUUCUGUUUCUUCAAAGCACAGGUGUUUGUUUGUCCUGGUGAGUUAUUAUUGGUACUACUGGUGCUGGGAGCUGCAGUGAACAGGUCAUCACGAUGUUGGUGGUACUAACACACCACACUGUGUGUUUUAGGGGCUGCUUUGCCUUUUUGACCGUUUUUGAAUGUUUUCCAUUCAAACAGUGCUGCUCUAAACACAUUGUACAACUCCCUCAUCUAACUAAUGUAUUCACUGUCGUGUAAUUUCAGUCAGUGUUGUUAUAAGCUGUCGUAAAUCUGGUUUUGCAUGUGAUCAUGACAAAAGUCUGAUAUGGAGAUGUGAUCAAAUCAAAUCAAACCAAAUCAAAUCAAAUUUUAUUUGUAUAGCCCAAAGUCACAAAGUACAUUUGCCUUGGAGGGCUUUCCAAUCAUGGUGAUGGCUGUAAAAGUAAACCAUAUUCUGUUAUGGUUUGUAAUAACCUAAAACACACAAUGAGCAUUUGACUUCAAUUGAUGAAGUAUUUUGAUCACGUAGUCUUGAAUAUCUUUGUAAUCAUCCUGACACGUGAUGAAAGUUACAGUCAUGAUGACACACAACACCAAACUGCAGCUUCAUCUCUGAAGUGUCAAACCAAAAGAAAGCAAUCACUCCACUCAGACUGAGUCGCAAUAUUAAAAUCAAUUUAUUCCAAAAGUCAAACAUUAAAAAAAAUAUAUAUAUAUUUUGAUACAAUAUUGAUUUCUGACUAUUACUUCCUUUAAUAGAGGCCUUAUUGUGCACUGCUAAAAUGACUGGAUUUGUUGUUGUUGUUUUUGUUUAUGUAAAAUGUUUAGUCCACAUUCACACCCAGACGCUGUUCAGUACAAACACAGUCUGGUCUGCUGGCCACUUUGCAGCUCCACUGGAGCAGUUGGGUUUAAGGGCUGUGCUCUAGGGCACCUCUGACCUUUAGUCCACCACUGCUCAAAGUCUGUUAAUGGCAGAUAAGAUUUGGUGUUGGCACAGAUGAACUGAAAUAAUAAAACAGUGGUACAGAGCAGGGGUGUAAAAUAUACAGUGGUUGUCAGAGUUAGUGUCUGAUGUCCUCUGCAUUCAGCCUGUUUUAUGAUUAUGAUGUUUUAUGACUUAUUUUAUGAUAAAACUUUAUCAUGAAGUCUUCAUGCACUAACGUUCCAUCAACCUGUGUAUACCUCUACACAAGGGGCAUUAUUUCUUCAAAUCAGAGAAAGGCACAGAUGUAAACUAUGUAGCGCCUGAUUACCUGCCUUAACCAACGUGUGCGGCUCCAUCCUUCCAGAAGACUUUUAAUCUUUGUGAGGUUGAACCUUGAAUUAACCUGCAGGCCUGUUUCGAAGCUGGAGUUCACCCCUUGAGAAAAGACUUAACUCUGCUUUGGGCUGUUUAGGUUGGUUGUGCGUUGCCAUUGGUUAUUGGAAUUCCCUCACCUUUAUGCUUCCUAUCUUGUGAUACUAUUUUGUAACGGCACUAUAGCUGCAUGAGUUAAGCACUGUCCAAGAUGACUUUGCUUUAAUGAAAUCUAAACAAGCUGGUGUUUCUAACCCCUACACUAGAAUGACACAGCCCUUUGUCCAGUUCUGCCACAGUGUGGACAGAUGUCAGGCUACAAGACUAGUCUUCUGUAACAAUAAUCACGUUGCUUGAUUUUUAUUUUUAUUUUUUUUUGCUGAUGACUGCUCUGCACGGAUUAGAGAUGAAGUUUUGACUCCAACACUGGGCAGAACAUGGGUUACGUCUUGUGUAACACCAGCACUAAUCACAUCUAGUAUACAUACAUACUUUUUGUAAAUAUACUUUUGAAAAUGAUUUCCUUCUAACUGAUCUGUCUUCUAAACAUUGUGUAUCUUUGAUUGUGCCUGUCUUUGACUGCCCUUUUGUAACAUUAAAAAAACAAACACUUUUA